UACGAUUUGAGACAAGGCUCUCACUUUGCCGGGUGACUCUGGAGUCAUGGCUGCCGCCUGCACGGGUUGCCGUUCGGGGCUGCGGUGGAAGGCAAGGGCGGCGUGGGGAGCCCUGGGGGGAGCCGGAACCAUGGGGUCCUGUCUGAAGGGAGCGGGCUCCCCUCGGCUGCCGCGGCGAGAUCUUACUAGAAGCCGGUGGGACUUUGCUGGAGACCCUAAAGCGGUGUCUGUAGAUUUAGGGAGCAGAAAGCUGGAAAUUUCCUCUGGAAAACUAGCCAGGUUUGCUGAUGGAUGUGCUGUAGUACAGCUAGGUGAUACAGCAGUGAUGGUGACAGCAGUCAGUAAAACAAAGCCAUCUCCAUCUCAGUUUAUGCCUUUGGUGGUUGACUAUCGACAAAAAGCUGCUGCUGCAGGAAGGAUUCCCACCAAUUAUCUAAGAAGAGAACUUGGUUCCACUGAUAAAGAAAUUCUUACCAGCAGAGUAAUCGAUCGGUCAAUUAGACCACUUUUUCCAGCAGGCUACUAUUACGAUACGCAAAUCCUUUGUAAUCUUUUGGCUGUUGAUGGGAUCAAUGACCCUGAAGUUCUGGCAAUCAAUGGAGCUUCUGCAGCCCUUGCGUUAUCAGAUAUUCCAUGGAAUGGCCCAAUUGGUGCUGUGAGAGUAGGAAUGAUUGAUGGAGAAGUUGUAAUUAACCCCACUCGGAAAGAAAUGUCUUCUAGUACGCUGGACUUAGUUGUCACUGGAGCUCCUCGUAGCCAGAUUGUUAUGCUGGAAGCUGCAGCAGAGAACGUAUUGCAACAGGAUUUCUGCCAUGCCAUCAAAGUGGGUGUGAAGCAUACCCAGCAGAUAAUUCUAGGCAUACAAAAGCUGGUGAAAGAACACGAUGUUACCAAGAGGGAUGUCCAGAAACUUUUUACUGCUCCGGAGGAGAUUGUGGAAUGUGCAAAGCAGAUUGCCUCUGAAAAGAUUAUUGCGGUGUUCUCAGACUUCAGCCAUGAUAAAAUUUCAAGAGAUGAAGCAAUUAACAAACUAAGGCUUGAAACAGAAGAACAGCUGAAAGAAAAAUUCCCAGAGGCAGAACCUUAUGAAAUAAUGGAAUCAUUUAAUGUCGUUUCCAAGGAAAUUUUCAGAAAUCUUGUUCUGAAUGAGUACAGAAGGUGUGAUGGUCGAGACCUGACUUCACUUAGAAAUAUCAGCUGUGAAGCGGACAUAUUCAAAACUCUUCAUGGGUCAGCAUUAUUUCAGAGAGGUCAAACCCAGGUCCUGUGUACAGUUACGUUUGAUUCAUUGGAAUCGAGUGUAAAAUCUGAUCUUAUCACAACAGCUAUCAGUGGUAUAAAAGAAAAAAACUUCAUGCUCCAUUAUGAGUUCCCUCCAUAUGCAACUAAUGAGAUUGGCAGAAUUACCGGCGUAAACAGAAGAGAACUUGGUCAUGGUGCUCUGGCAGAGAAGGCUUUGAAGCCAGUGAUUCCUCAAGAAUUCCCUUUCACGAUAAGGGUUACUGCAGAAGUAUUAGAAUCAAAUGGAUCAUCAUCAAUGGCCUCUGCAUGUGGUGGAAGUUUAGCAUUGAUGGAUGCAGGAGUCCCAAUAUCAUCUGCUGUAGCAGGUGUUGCUGUAGGUUUGGUUACAAGGCCUAAUCCUGAAAAAAAUGGAGACAUUGAAGAUUAUCGCUUGCUAACAGACCUUCUGGGAAUAGAAGAUUAUCAUGGUGAUAUGGAUUUCAAAAUGGCUGGGACAAAUAAAGGAAUAACAGCUUUGCAGGCUGACAUCAAAUUACCAGGGAUACCCCUAAAAAUUGUAAUGGAAGCUAUUCAACAAGCCACCGUGGCAAAGAGAGAAAUCUUACAGAUUAUGAACAAAACCAUUGCAAAACCUAGAACAAGCAGAAAAGAGAAUGGACCGCUUGUAGAAACUGUUGAAGUGCCACUAUCAAAAAGGGCAAGAUUUGUUGGGCCAGGAGGUUACAAUUUAAAGAAACUGCAAGCUGAAACUGGAGUGACUGUCAGCCAAAUAGAUGAAGAAACAUUUUCUGUGUUUGCUCCAACCCCAGCUGCUAUGCACGAAGCCCGGGAAUUUAUUACUGAACUCUGCAAAGAUGAUCAGGAGUAUCACUUGGAAUUUGGAGCCAUUUAUACAGCCACAAUAACUGAAAUGAGAGAUAUUGGAGUGAUGGUUAAAUUGUACCCAAACAUGACUCCAGUUCUCCUUCACAACUCUCAGCUGGAUCAAAGAAAGAUCAAGCACCCUAGUGCUCUUGGAUUAGAAGUCGGCCAAGAAAUCCAGGUGAAAUACUUUGGACGUGACCCAACUGAUGGCAGAAUGAGGCUUUCACGGAAAGUGCUUCAGGCUCCAGCUACCUCUGUUGUUAAAACAUUAAGCGACAAAAACAGUAUAGUAAUGGGAAGUGCUAUUCCAGAGUCUGCUGGCUCACCAUCAUAGUAACUCCUGAAACUCCAAGAACUCUCCCGGACUUACCAGUAGCAUGAUUCUUUGACAGAGGUUAAAUGGUUGGUUUGAAAUGGCAGGCUCCAUUCAUGUAGAUUUGUAUUUGGUGCAGACAUAUUUUAAAUUUUGUAUAAAUAUUAUUCAAUGCGAGCUGAUUUUUGUUUCAGUGCAUCACCACUAUGGAGUUGCUAAUUACUAUUGUCUUCUUCCCCAUAAAAAAGCAUAUGCAUAAUAAUACUGAUGUAAAUAAUAUAAAACUUGAUUUUGUAUGCUAUCUCCAGGCAAAUGGAACAGUUGCCUUCAGUCAAUAACAAAAGAACCAUGGCUUUACCUCUUAUUACUUAAGAGGUAUGUCAAAAGGUUCAUUCACACACACACACUGCUUUUUUUUUAGUGUUGAGCUACCUGUGAGGAUUGUUUUUUUUAAAAAAUCUUCUCUUACAUAAUCAUGUUUUGUUAAACUGGAGAAAGUGAAAUCCAAAACUAUUUCUCUACAAUAAGCUGAGUUUCAUUAACUUUCCGUAGAGCCUUACAUGCAUCUUUCCUAUUUGUAACUAAUGGGAAAAAUUGACAGCUAUAAAACUGAACAGCACUAGAUGAUUUGGAAAUAAGUUCUAGCAGAUCAACAUUUCUCAGCAGAAUUGGAACUAUCAGAUGAGUCUCUAGACUAAUGGUGACCUGAAGGAAUGGCAGAAUAGGCAUGUUUUAUUUCCGAAAUGGGAAUUUUUUUGAACUAUCACCUUUCAGCUAUAAUGAUAGCACUGACUCUGUCUUGCUUAGGAUGACACUGUUUGCUACUUAGCUUCCUUCCUUACAUGCCUUCUGAGCUCAUGUGCACUAGAGCAUUCAAUGUGACUUGAGGGGGUGGAGGAACCACAGCGCCUCCACCCAGAAGCUGCUUGGGCUGGUCACCUAUCAUGGAGGUGAGCAACAUCAAGGAAGUAGGGACUCAGAGAGAUCAUUCAAGAGGGAAGAAAGUAGGUGCAAUCAGUGGAAUGUAGACCAGAGGCUUUCUCUUUCUCAGCAAUCAGCUGUAGUCAAGAAAAUAGUAUUGCCUAAUAGAUACAUAAAACAUAAGCCAACAAACAUUAAAAUGUUCGGAGGAAGUCUCUUAAUACUGUUCAUAGAAAUGAGCACUGUUUGUGGGAUGAUCCUCUCCUGUCCGUGCGAUAAAGAUGUGCACUGAUCAUUCAUGUGCAGAUGUGCAUCAUUAUAUUUACAUAACAUGUCUUACUGCAGGGGAAAGUAUACACAGAAACAAUUUGGAAACUCUCUUAAAACAAAAAUGAAAUUGUUCAGAACCUUACAGGAUGUAUGGGAUUUCCUGCUGCAUUUCACACAUAAUGGUAAUCUCUGAAGUGAUUCUGGCUCUGCAAUAUUGUGAAACUUCCAGUCAGAGUUGUGCCACACGGUAGUAGUCAAAGUCUAAAGGGAUAAAAAGAUAAAUGGCUAAAAAAUAAAGAGUAGACUCUGGUCACUUAAGUUUUUUGUUUAGAAUUAAGUGCUGUUGAAUCCAGAAUCAAACACUUUCCAACAAGAAAUGUUUUUUCCCCUCAGAUCAAGCCAAUUGUAUCUAAUGUUUAUCAGUUUACAUUACGAAAUUUCAACAUGGAAUCUUUUAAAAAAUCUGUUAAAUACAUUUAUCCUGUACAGCCAUAUUUUUACUACUUAUGCUAUUAAAAUGUUGUCUACACCUG